GUGGAUAAUGUAAAGAGUUUAUACUCAAGUCUCAACGACAAAUUCCGAACAUUGCCAUUUUUUAACCGACAAAUCUCCCAUUGAAAGCUUGGAGUACUCAAGAUUAAUUGCAAUUAUGCCUCGAUUAUCCAAUUUAUACCUCUUCACUUACAACUUUGCUCAAACUAUUGGUUGGGCAGUUGCAUUGUUGAAGAUUUUAAUAGGGUUUACUACCACUAGAUCCUUCGAUGCCGCUUUUGCCUCUUCUGGGCAACUAAUUUGUUUCUUGCAAAAAGUUGCAUUCUUGGAAGUUAUACAUGGUGCACUGGGUAUUGUCUCAACUGGAGUGUUGUUGCCUCUGAUGCAAUGGGGAGGAAGAAGUCAUUAUCUUCUGGCGAUUGUUGGGAAUAUUGUUGAGUUACAAGCAUCUCCGUCCAUUUUCAUAACUUUUGUUGCUUGGAGCAUCAGUGAAAUAAUUAGGUACUCGAACUAUGCUUUGAGUUGUAUUGGAAAGUGUCCAUACUGGUCAACCUAUAUCAGAUACACUGCUUUCAUCCCUCUGUAUCCAGUGGGUGUUGCUGGUGAAAUGUGGCUCAUGUACCAAGCACUUCCGUAUAUAAUGGAGAAAGACCUUUACAAAGAUUUCUUCAGUUUCUUCCCUUUCUGCUAUUAUACUUUUGUCCAGGUGGUUCUUCUUUCCUAUCCACUUCUUUGGUUGAAGCUUUACCUGCAUUUAUUUAAACAAAGAAGGUCUAAGCUCCGAAAACACCAUGACAAGAAAAGGGAGUGAACAUCUCAAUACAGUCUGUACGAUCUCUCUGUGGAUUAAUGAGCUAUUUAUAUUCUGUAUGUAUCUCAUGUUUUAUUGAUGAAUGAUUCAUUGAAUUCAAACAUAAAUGCAUUCUUUCUUUCAGUCAUAUCAUAAGUAUUAUAAAUAUUUGUUUCAGUUAGUGUCAAUGUCAGUGUGUCGCCCUUCAGUUGGAAUUAAUAGUUAUAUACGUAGUACUUCGUAUUUCAAAA